UCGGUAGAUUGAGCGGCGUAUUUGUGUGUGGUCGUAACAGUUUUUUGGCAAGAUUCCCUUGUUCCUUCGGGAGCGAGUUAUAUAAACUUCCACGUUGAGAUGUUUGCGCCACAACGAAGUUAUAAAUAGAUUUUGACUGAAAUUCAUGUUCUGACAUUUUUGUUUUAAUGACAUUGCAUUCGUUUAUAGAUAUGUGUUAGAAAUCCAAGUGAAACUCUGUGUAUCAAAUACUUUAAAUAAUAAAGUGAAUGUGUGCUAAGUGAGUUGAAUCGACUGACAUUUACAGCAAGUGGCGACGGAAGGAUUGUAGUUCAGUAUUAGCUGUAUACAAAACAGGAAAGUUAAAAGUUAUAAAUUGAUUGAAUUUGGCAAAAUGGCUCAAGUGGAGCCCAUGGAUAUUGAUGAUAUAGAUAGCGAUUUCGACAACAAAGAAAACAGUUCCCAUCACAGCAAUGUGCUGCCCCGGACUCCCUGCAUGGAAAAGGGAUAUGAGGAAUUGGAUGUGUCUGAAUUGAACAUGAAGCUGAGGUAUUCAAUAACUCCUGCCGCUUCUCCUAUGUCUAAAAGUCUUAAUGAUAAUGAAAGUAGCACAAACACUGCUGUGGCCUGCGAAAAUAAUAAUUUAACCCGUUCUUUAAAUUCUACAAUCACCAUGUCUGAAGCAGUAAAUUGUUUAAAAUCACUUCCAUUACAAGUUCAAACAAGUGACACAGUAAUUGAUGAUAGGAAUUUGUCAGUGUUGCGCACCAUACAGCCUGGUUCUGACAACAACAAUGUAACUCUAGGAGGAGCUAAUGAUAAUGAUGAAAAUAUAUCCUUGCCAAGUACAUCAUCUUCUGUGACACAUACACCGGAAGCAACAACACCCACAAAGGAAAUACCCAAACAUGAUGGAAGCUCCCCUAUAAUGAGGGGUUUGAAGAGUGUACUCAAUAUGUUUCGUUCCUCACAAAGUCCCAUUCCCCCUGCUGAGACUACAUUUAUAAAUAUGAAUCAAGAAUAUCUGAAUCCCAAUGACUCAAUUUUAAAAGACAAUGAAAAUGUUAGGUGUCAAACAGUUGUGGUAUCAACUCCUAUUUCAAAUAACAAAAAAGCAUCAAGCGAGUCUCGAAAAAGCAGUCCUUUAAAAGAGAGCAUUGUGUUCAAUGAUGACCUGGAGAAAGACUUGCAGUGGAAGGAUGAGACAACUAUAUUUUUCAAGGAUGAAAAAAUUCCUGUUCACAAGUUAUUUCCAUCUCAAUCCCUGUGUUAUUCUAAAACUUCAAAAAAUGUUACAAAAACAUUAAAAAUGGACCAAAGUGAGACUAAAAACAUUACAGAAGAAUACAUGAGUAUGUCAAAUAAUGCUUCUAUAUCUCAAAGUGGAAAUAUUAUCAAUGCACAACUCACUUCUUUACAAAAUGAAGUUUCUGCUCUAGAGUCAGAUGGUGAGUUUGUUGACUGCGAAAUGACACUUAAUGCAGAAUCCUUCAACAGCAUGUUGUCUGAAAGUAAAGAUAAUGCUUGUGAGAUAACUAAGAAUAAAUUAAUUCAUGAAAAUACUAAACAAGUGAUAGAUAACAUUGAAGAUUUAUUAACAGAUUGUGAAGGAAACAAAUCCUUUGUGGUACAAAAGCCAUGUGAAGUAAAUUGUGAAUCUACUGCAAUACAUUCAAAUCAAAUCCUUUUUUUGAAUCACAUCAUAAAUGAUCAGGUAGAAUCAAAAACAAAUAUUGUAGAUGAAAGUCAUUCUACAUCUGAAAAAGCAUUAGAGAAUAAUGACAACACAAAUGAAAUGCCUGCAUCAAGUAACGAACGUAUUCAGAGUGUGAAGAAAAAUGAUUUGAGUGCAGAAGAGUACAUAAACCCUACUAAUAUUACUUUAUGUGAAGAUACUGUGACAAUAUGUGAUUCAAAUAAUGAUUACAAUGAAAAAAUUCAUCCUAGUGAAGUUCCUUUACCUGAUGAUAGUAAUGUUGACUUUAUGGAGAUUCCCAAUACUAUAAAAGACGCAGAUGAACCUAAGAUGUGUACUAUAGAACAAGAUUUGAAUCAAACUGCCAUGUGUGUUGAUUAUAGUGAGUCAGUAAUGACUCAAGAAAGUUAUUGUAAAAAUGUUCAAAUAGAGUAUGAAAAAAAGCUAGAUCAAGAUAAUAAACAGGAAACCGCUAAUUCAAAGCCAUCUGAUAAUGUGGCUAUGUCUACACAAGAAGAUUGUGCGAAAAGCCAAAUUAUUGACUCAAUUGACACCCAGACAGAAACAAAUGAUGAUCAAAAUGAAAUAACUAAUAUGCAGAUUGAAUCAAUUAAAAAAGAUUAUAAACUUCCCUCAAAGUGUGUUUGUGAUAAAGAAACUAAAACUGAACAACUAGAAUUGGGGGAAUUCAAUAAUGAACAUUCUAGGACAAGUAUGUCUGAAAAUGAUGACUUGUCAAUGAAUCCUUAUCAUUCAACAAGUGAACAUGCUUCUCUGAAUAAUUGUAGCAGUUUAAACAUUACAAAAAAUGAAAAGAACGCCAUAGAAGCUCAGAAUUCAUGUAAAGUUGGUGCAAUCAAUGAUCAUCAAGUGCAUGUAACAAACAGUACAAUUUCAAUGAUGUAUGAUUUCAAAGAAAACGACAAAGAAUCAAAUAAUUUUUUGAAUAAUGAAAAAAUUAAUAAAACAAUGGAUAUAGGAGAUGAAACUGUGCUAAUUGAAAGUAAUAUCAAUGAAUUAUCAGAUAAAUUAACUAAUUUUGAUAAUACCUAUUUGAAUGAGCCAAAUAACUGUGCUAUGGACACAACCUUUAAUAUGGACCCAAAAAAAGAAACAAAUUUUGAAAAUGCAAGUAUGCAUGAUGCUAAAAAACUUGUUCAAAACAAUGUAUUGAAGAACACUACAAUAAAUGGUGAAAGUAACAAAAUGUACGAGGAUGUACAAAAAGACCAAAAUACUCAAAUUGAAACAAUAUUGAAUUCAGUAGCUGAUAAGGAAAAUGUAGAUAUAAAUGAAACUUCAGAAUCGGAAGUGCUUAACCAGCGCGACUGUUUCAACAACAAAGAAAUAAACAUUCUUUACGCUAAAGAUAUAGUUUUACCAGAAGAAAAUAAAACAGUGAAUGUGUCAGAUAUUUUAAAUCCCGUAAAGAACGAGGAAUUGCUAUUAGAAAAUUGUUUAAAUGUAACUAAUUCAUUAGAUUACAUAAAUAAAACAUAUGUUACACCCGACAAUCCUUUUAAUCUACCAGACCAAGAUACUUUCGUUGAAUCUAUAGAGGAAGUUGUUUGUCAGACUGAAAAGACUGAUUCCAAGUCUGCUUUAAACAAACACGAUGUUGUAGGCCAAGAACGAUUUGCUGCAAAUAUUUCAUCACAUAAAAAAGAAAACGACAGUAUAAUAGAUAAAAAUAAUAUAUCAUCAGUUAAAAGUAGUGAUCCUAAAAAUGUAUUCAAUUUGCCAGAAAUGUCAGACGGGUUUAUUUCAAGACUGAAAGGAGCGAUAGCUACAUCAUCAACACCAGAUGCAGAAGAUGAUUCUAAGUACAUUUUCAAAGUACCGUCUAGUAAUUUGACUCAUCUUUCUCAAAAAUGUGAAGGCUACACUCAAGACGUAGAUCGCAAAUUAUGUGUAGAUAAAAACGAACUUGACUCUUCUGAUGUAAGCACAUCAUCAAAAGCUUCAGAAACGACAGUCCAUGAAGUCAACACUGAAGACGAUGACACUGUAGAAGCAUCUUUCUUCGAAACCGAAGAAUUUAAUGAUGUUGAUAAAAAAUCAGAUCACGAAGACAUGAUAGAUUUUUCCGAUAUACCGACUCAAAAGAUUAACAACAAUGCCUACAAAGGAGAAAUGUUUAUCGAUGCUGAGGCUUUUCAGUUUCUCCUGAAUCAGAAUAAAAGCAAUGUUGUUGCCGAUAGUGGCAGAGAGAGCUUGUUUUUAAAAUUUGAUCCACUCUUCGCAAAACGAAUGUCCACAGACGCAGCAUCCGUUCAUAAAAUCCAAAAAGGCCAAAGUACGCCAAAGAAGAUUACAAAAGCCUUAUCAAAUAUCGAUUUUUAUAGGAACGUUAACGAAACUACAGAAAGCACUUUAGAAGCCAAUUUUGAAGAUGCUACUGUUUUACUUUCAAAACCAAUGAUGGUGGUGAAUCCUGCUGUUAAUUCUGUGUUUUCGCCAAGAAACAAAUCCUGCACUCCACCGAGAGCAAAUCGGCGAUCACAUACGUUUACGUCGCCAGCAAUAGCUGUUAUAGACCGUCUCCUUUCGUUAAGUGGCGAUAACUCGGCGUUAAACCUCGAGAUGUCAAUGGUUGAUGUACGCGGACGAACGAAUGAAACUGAUCAAGUCUUGACACAGUUAAGAGAGCUAUUAGCUGAAAAAGAAAUAAACGUUGACGGCCUAAGGUCGGAGAGCAAAGAAUUAUCGGAAAGAUUGCGUACAUUAGAAUCGCAAGUUAAAAUGUUAGAAACUGAAAGCGAACAGAGACUCCGCAAAGUAGACGAUUUAAACAAAUGUCUAGUGGAGAAAACCAAAAUGAACAAGGGUAUGGCGGUUGUAGUCGAAGAAUACGAGAGGACUAUUGCGAGUUUAACGGCAGAAAUCGAGCAGGACAAGAAGGCGCAUGCGGAAGAACGUCUGAAACUAAUAAAUGAAAGGAACGAACAGAAUGCCCACUUGGCGAGCAUGACGAUGUCAUUUAAUGAUCUGCACAGUAAGUAUGAGAAGAAUAAACAAAUAAUUAUGAAUUGCAAAGACAACGAAGAAAAAUAUAAACGAUCGAUCAAGGAGUUCGACGAGAGUGUAAUAAAGAUACAGAAUAACUACGAACUGUUAAAGCAGCACGCAACGUCCAAUUUAAACAAUAAAAACGACGAGUUUGAGAAGUUGAACAGGACACACGAAGCCGAAGUUUUAAAAUAUGGGGCCAUGAUAAAGAGGAAGGAGAUGGAUAUUUCUUCACUAAAGGAGACUUUGGCACAAAAAAUUAAGGCCAACGAGGAGUUGACGGCGAUCUGCGACGAACUCUUAAACAAAGUGGCAUAAAGUAGCAUGACGCUACCGAAACCACCUCAGUCCGCAAGCUGUGCCGGCAAACCGACCUUCACUAUCUCCUCAUAACAGGAACACGUCAACUAUAUCAGGAUAUAAUGUGCCAACAUACUUUAAUUUUAAAGACUGUUAUUGUGAUAAUAUGUAAAAUGAUAUAUAAACAGUUGAUGCACCGCCUCGGAAACUAUCGAUAGUUUCAUAAUUUGCUGUAAUCUAAUUAUAUUAAAAUGAAUGUCUUGUAUAUAAAUUGUAACAACUUAUUUUAUAUUCUUUAUUAGGAUAUUAUAAACUAACAUCAACUAAUUUUUAUGAUACGUCAUCAGAUGACAUUGUGAGCAAGAGAUAACAUACGGUAUACUAAUAGUUUCUCGUUAAAAUGGAAAUGAAUAUGUUGCUCGUUGUAAUCAUGGUGACAAAGCUUUGCAUUAGAAUAAAGGAAAAAUCUUAUGACAUUUUUGUUUACCGUUGUAUUAUGCGCAUUACAUUUGAAAAAAUUA